UGAGCCCUCGCCGCGCGCCGAUCUCUGACGUCACGCGAAGGCGCAGCGUCGCGCCGCGGUGACGCCAUCACCGCGCGCAGGCGGCGCCGGUGCCGCUCCGGUGCGCGGAGCCCCCCGAGCCCCCCCCGAGCCCCUCAUGAGCCGCCGCCGCCCCCGCCUCGAGGACCCCAGCGCCGCCCUCAGGGCCAAGCGGCGCCGCCCGGGGCUGCCGGGGGAGGCUCCGCGCCCCGACGGCAGCCCCGCGGCGGUCGAGGCCGCUCUCGGGGCCGUGGCCGCGCUCUUCCCCCGCCGCCUCUUCGGGGACGCGCUGCCGCCGCUCGUGCUGCGCCACCAGCUCUACGACGUGGUGCGGGACCGCACGGCCGUGGACCGGCACCUGAACCGGCUCCGUGACGAGGGCCGGGUGCGGCUGCUGCACCUGGGGCUGGGCCCGGACGCGCUGGGGGUCGUGAGCCUGGAGCUCUACCGGGAGAAGGCGCUGGCGGCCGUGGCCGGUUCCCCGCGGGAGCCGCUGGUCCGGCGCUUCCUGGAGGCGGCGGUGGCGACGAGCCCCGGGCUGAGCUUCGAGCAGCGGCGCAUGAGGGAGCUGGGAUUUGGGGACAGCGACGUCACGCACUUGGUGGCCGCGGGGCUCCUGACCGUGCGCGACGCCGGCAGUUGGUGGCUGGCGGUGCCGGGGGCCGGGCGCUUCGUGCGGGCGCUGCUGCGGGGCCGCCGGGCCGUGCUGUCCCUGGUGUGGGGGGGGUCAGUGACCCCUGUGUGACCCCUGUGUGACCCCUGUGUGACCCCUGACCCCUGUGUGACCCCUGUGUGACCCCUGACCCCUGUGUGACCCCUGCCCCCUGCCUCCAGGCCGCCGGGCUGUGCUGUCCCUGGUGUGGGGGGGGUGGUCAGUGACCCCUGACCCCAGUCUGACCCCUGACCCCUGACCCCUGCCCCCAGGCCGCCGGGCCGUGCUGUCCCUGGGGGGGGUGGGUCAGUGACCCCUGUGUGACCCCUGACCCCAGUGUGACCCCUGCCCCAGGCCGCCGGGCCGUGCUGUCCCUGGUGCAGGGGGGGUCAGUGACCCCAGUCUGACCCCUGACCCCUGACCCCUGUGUGCCCCCAGGCCGCCGGGCCGUGCUGUCCCUGGUGUGGGGGGGGUGGUCAGUGACCCCUGUGUGACCCCUGACCCCAGUGUGACCCCUGACCCCUGACCCCAGUGUGACCCCUCCCCCAGGCCGCCGGGCCGUGCUGUCCCUGGUGUGGGGGGGGUGGUCAGUGACCCCAGUGUGACCCCUGACCCCAGU